CCGCCGCGGCCCGUCCGGCCCUCCCGCCGCCCGUCCCUCGUCCAUCAGUGCGCCCGCCGGGCUGGCCGGCCGCGGGAAGGGGCCGCGGCGCGGGCCGAGGGCUCCGGAGUCGGCGGGCGCUGGCCGGGAUCGCGUUAGAGGAAGCGCGGGUGGAGACGAGUCCGGGCUCGGGCGGGAGGCACAGCCCGGGGCAGGCGGCGGGGCCGAGCCGGGUCGGGGAAGCCGUCGGGGGGCCCCGAGGUGCCCCGGGAUGAGGGAGACGGGCGAGCCUCGCAGGCCACGCGGGGGGCUGAGGUGGAGGGGGCAGGGGGCCGCGGCGCGCCCUUCCGCCCAGCCCUGGCCCCGGUUGGCAUCUCCCCUCCCCAGAAGCCGGGGCAGAAAGCCCCUCCACCCUCGUUCGUCCGCUCCGGACCCCCCUCCGCCCAGCCCAAGCCCUCCCUCCCCCCCACCAGCCAGCAGCCCCGAACCUGACACAGUGUCAGCAACAGAUGUCAGUGCCCACCCCAGACUCCAUCCCAGGACCCCGGAGGGUGCUGAGGGGCUGCAGUUCACCACCCGGAAUCUGCCCGGGGCGCACUUCCCUGCUCACCGGCGAGAAGGGCCCUGACUGCUGACUGCAUCUGCCUGCCGCCACCUGGGUUUGUCUGGAGCUGCUGGAACUGUCCUGGGAUCCAGUCCGCUUGCCCCCUGAGGCCGGAGAGAUGCUCCCGCUGGCCAGAGCCCUCGCCUCCCCCAGGAGCCCCCAGACCCCAGCCCUGAGGGAGCAGGACAGGGCCCCUCAGCUGGCCGGCCCUGGGGAUACUGAGGCCUGGCGCCUGCGUUUCCGACAGUUCCAGUACCGCGUGGCAGGAGGGCCACACCGCGCGCUGGGCCAGCUCUGGAUGCUGUGCCGCCAGUGGCUGCGGCCCGAGGCGCACUCCAAGGAGCAGAUGCUGGAGCUGCUGGUGCUGGAGCAGUUCCUGGGUGCGCUGCCCAGCAAGAUGAGGACCUGGGUGCAGUCGCAGGGCCCUCGCACCUGCAGGGAGGCCGCUAGCCUGGUGGAGGACCUCACACAGAUGUCGCAGCAGGAAGUUCUGGUAUCUCUCACCGACCACCAGGACGGGAGCAUCAGCGAGGAGGAAGACGGGAAGAACCAGAAAGACCCAUGCCAGGCAUCGGAGCUGGGGCUCCCCCAGGAGGGCGAGUGGCUGCAGCCUGCCCAGCCCCAGCGGAGUCCCCACACCAGGGCGGGGGCCGAGGCAUCCUGCACCCUGGGCUCACUCGGUGAGUGUUUGGGUCCUACAGCAAUCCUGAGGACUGGGGCCUGGCAAGGGUUAGACUUUGCUGAUGGCAGUGUUGGGGGGGGGGGGGGAGCUUUGGUGAUUAACUCUAUACCUCCUCCAGAUUGUGCACACCAACAGUGGGGACUGAUAUUGGCACCCCCUGCCCCAACAGCUACUCAAACGUUUCCACCCCUUGACCAGGGCUUCACUGGCUGCCUGCCCUUCUCUGCAGCCCUUGGGGAGCAGGGGCGGGGAGGCAGUGUGGCCUCCAGCCUCUGUCCCUUCACUAACAACCCUUUUCCCUUACCCUCCCCAGGCCUGGGCUGCUUGCCUGUGAAGCCUAGUGUCUGGGAUGAGCCUCCCUGUGGGCAGGUCCGGGACAGAGCCCUCGAAAACAGGCACUGUCUCCCCAGGCUGGCCCAGGACACUCCCCAGGCCGAAGGGAGUGCCUGGCAGUCAGGGGCUGCCCCCAGGGACACUGUGCUUCAGGGCACUGCGGGCCAAGGGCCUGCUCCAGAGAAGCCCCUGCACCCACGCCCUCAGCCCAGCCUGGUUGCAGACCUCACCCUCCCAAGUGCUCAGAGCAGUAGUCCCCAAAAGGGACUUGGGGACCGUGAUGCCAGCAGCACCCACCUGCCCUUACUCAAAGACACCAAAGCCUCCCCCGAAGAGUCAGGGCGACCGGCUGUUGCCCCCUCCUCCGGGAGCUCAGCGGCGCCGCCAGUCCCCCCAGGGACGCGGCCCUUCGCGUGCGCCGAAUGCGGGGAGGUCUUCACCUGGGUCACCCACUUCAUGGAGCACCAAAAGCGCCACCUGGAAGAGGGGCCCUUCUCGUGUCCUGAGUGCGGCAAAACCUUCCUGCACGCCUCUGUCCUGGGGGAGCAUCGGAAGAUCCACCUGCUGGAGCCGCUGCCCAAGAGGCCCCGCCGGAGCGGGGGCGAGGAGCCAGGAGAGGCCGACCCCCAGGAAGCGGCAGGGCAGGCCCAGGACUCGGAUGGAGGCCGGCGCGGUGAGCCCUCCGGCCGCGGGGAGCCCUCGGGUCUCGGGGAGCCCUCCGGCCGCGGGGAGCCCUCCGGUCUCGAGGAGCCCUCCGGUCUCGGGGAGCCCUCCGCCCGCGGGGAGCCUUCCGGCCGCCGGGAGCCUUCGGGCCGCCGCGAGACCUCAGGCCGCCGCGAGCCCUCGGGCCGCCGCGAGCCCUCCGGUCGCGAGCGGCCCUUCGAGUGCGGCGUCUGCGGGAAGGCCUUCCCCUGGAUGGUCCACCUCCUCGACCACCAGAAGCUGCACGCCACGCAGUGAGCGGACGUGCGUCCCGGGUGACAGCGACCCCCCGGCCGGCUCGUCCCGCGGGGCGACCCGGGACCCACCGCGUCCCCCCCCUCCCCGGUGACAGCGACCCUCGGUGGGCUCAUCCUGCGGGGCGACCCGGGACCCGCUUCUCUGCCGCCGUGUCCCCCGGAUGACAGCGACCCUCGCGGACUCGUCCUGCGGGGCGACCCGGACCCGCCGCGUCUCUGGGUGUCGCCGCGCCUGCCUCUUACCCCGAGUGACAGCGACCUUCGGCGGACUCGUCCUGCGGGGCGACCCGGGAGCCGCCGCCCCGUUCUCCAGGUAACAGCGACCUUCGGCGGACACAUACUGCGGGGCGACCCCAGAACCGGGCGCGCCUGCCGCUUACCCCGAGUGACAGCAAUCACCGAAGGGCUAGUCCUGCGGAGCGACCCGGGACCCGCCACCCCCGCCGCCGCGUUCCCCGGGUGACAGCGACCCCUGGCGGACUCGUCCUGCAGGCGACUCGGGACACGCCACGUCUCUGGGUGUCGCCGCGCCUGCCGCUUACCCCGAGUAACAGCGACCCACGAAGGGCUCGUCCUGCGGGGCGACCCGGAACCUACCGCGUCUCCCGGGUGUCGCCGCGCCUGCCGCUUACCCCGGGUGACAACGAACCUCUGCGAACUCGUCCAGCGGAGUGACCUGGGACCGGCCAUCCCCGCCGCCGCGUCCCCCGGGUGACAGCGACCCCUGGCGGACUCGUCCUGCAGGCAACCCAGGAACCACCGCGUGUCUGGGUGUCGCCGCGCCUGCCCCGUUCCCCGGGUGACAGCGACCCCGGGUGUUCGUCCUGCGGGGUGGCCUGGGACCCACCGCGUCUCCCGGGUGUCGCCGCGCCUACCGCUUACCCCGGAUGACAGCGACCCUCUGCGAACUCGUCCAGCGGAGGGACCUGGGACCCGCCAUCCCCCCCGCCGCGUCCCCCGGGUGACAGCGACCCCUGGCGGACGCGUCCAGCAGGCAACCCAGGACCCGCUGCGUCUCUGGGUGUCGCCGCGCCUGCCCCGUUCCCCAGGUGAUAGUGGCCCCCGGGUGUUCGUCCUGCGGGACGACCCGGGACCCACCGCAUCCCCCGGGCGUCCCCGCACCUGCCGCUUAACCCGGGUGACAGCGACCUACGAAGGGCUCGUCCUGUGGGGCGACCCGCGACCCACCGCGUCUCCCAGGUGUCGCCGCGCCUGCCGCUUACCCCGGGUGACAACGACCCUCUGCGAACUAGUCCAGCGGAGCGACCCAGGACCUGCCACCCCCGCCGCCGCAUCCCUCGGGUAACAGCGACCUCCGGUGGACUCGUCCUACAGGUCACCCGGGACCCGCCGCGUCUCUGGGUGUUGCCGCGCCUGCCGCUUACCCCAGGUGACAGUGACCCCCCCCCGGGGGGCUCGUCCUGUGGGACGACAGGACACCCACCUUAUCUCCUGGGUGUCGCCGCGCCUACCGCUUACCUAACCGAAUGACAGCGACCACCGAAGGGCUCGUCUAGCUGAACAACCUGGGACCAGCCACCCCCGCCACCGCGUUCCCCGGGCGACAGCGACCCCUGGCGGACUCAUCCUGCAGGCGACCCGGGACCCGCCGCUUGUCUGGGUGUCGCCACGCCUGCCGCGUUCCUUGGGCGACAGCGACCCCCAGCGCCGCGCUCAGCUGGGCAGUCCGCCGUCUGUGUUCCGCAGGCGACAGAAGAGGAGCUUCGCCAGCGCCAGUUCCAGGAGCUUUUCCGGGGGGCGCCCUUCACCUGCCGGCCCUCCUGCACUCCCGGGAAGGCCACCUCCUGCCCUCACAGACCCUGGGAGCCUGGCACAAACGCAGGGCUCUUCUAUGUGGUCUUUCCCUUUCCUCUUCUUCUUCUUCUUCUUCUUUUUUUUUGUCCCAGCCCACCUUUUCCUUUUUCACUCUUUUUUUAUGAUAAAGUACACACAACUUAAAACGUGCCAUUUUAACUACUCAUAAUGCACAAUUCGAUGGCAUUAAGUACAUGCAUAGGGUCGUGCAACCCAUGUAUUCUGGUACAUUUUCAUCACUCCCAAAAUGGGUUCCCCGUACCCACUAGCAGUCACUUCCCACCUCCCCUCUCUCAGCCCUUGACACCUACUAAUCUGCCUGCUUUCUGGAAGAUUUUAGGCAGGAUUUUUAGGACUGACCAAAACUGACCUGCACACGUUUCCGUUUGACUCACAGAAUGACCUUUGUUUUUGUUUUUUUUAAAGAUAAAUGCAAACAUUUUUCAAACCAUAGAUGUCACAUAAAAAUCUGGCAUUAUGGUCACCCUGGAUCUCCCCAGAGCAGGUGUUGGAUCACCCAGGUGCCUCAGUUCACCCCACCACUGCUGGGGAUGGCCCAAGUGCAUCUGGAUUCAGCUUGACAUCCAUCCCUACCCCUUCAUCGCUGGGCACCACUUGCCCCCAUGCCAACAAAAGCCUUACAAGUGUCUUUUUUUUUUUUUUUUUGAACUUGGAUAGUGUUGGAUUGACUCUGACCCCACAUAAGCAGAGACCUUCUCCUUUAAAUCAUCCAUAAGUCGCCUUUCAACUGGAAAACUCUUCUGGACCUGCCCCGCCCAGCCCACUGCUGCUUCUCGACCAAGCUGCCUCCUUCCUGCACCCAUCCGUAGCCUGUGUCCCCUGGCACCUUCCCGGGCCAUGCAGGUCCCUCUGCUGCCUUCGCGCUAUUUGCUGCACUUGCCUUCUUGGAGCUCUCUCUAGCUGGGCCUCCGGACCUUGUUCUUGCCUCGCUACAGCAUCCUGGCUUAUCCUCACUGAGGGCUUCCGGCUCUACUCCAUGCCUUAAUUUCUUGUGAGCUUCAGCUCCCUUCCCAAGCACCUUCUUUCUCAUCCUGCUGAGGCGGAGUUUCUUCUUCGAAGCUCAGGUGGCAAGGUGGGGGAGAGGGUCUUGACCCCACAGUCAGCCUGAGUGUUCAGGUACAGCACACACGAUGGACAGGAUUAUCCAGUGUCCCCACUGGUUGGUGACCAGGAGUUUAUUCCAAUGCAGUUUCCAUUCCGAUCCCCCUAAGUCAGAGGCAUGUUCAUAGCUCCCUGGGAUGGAGCAGGAUUGCAGGAGAGAGUGGGGGCUGCUGCCAGCAAGGCAUCAGUCAGAUCCCUAACUGCCAUGCCCCCCCCCCCCCGCCCCCAGCCAUCCUUGCGUGAAUUCUCCGAAGAUGUCUGCCUCGGCAUCCCACGGACCAACUGCCCUCCAGUGACAUCUGCCUGGUGUCCCUCAGUCCUCCACCUGAGCUUGUCCAAAGAACCCUAGUGCGAAAGAAAACCAACAGCCUCCCCUAUGCCGUCUCUCCACCCUCCAAGGCCCCAAGCUUGCCCUGUUCCAGUUUCUCCUCUGCACUGAACUGUGCCCGCCUCCCUCUCUUCUAUCGUCUUUUCUCCAUCUUUGGAUGACUGCAGCUGUGUCUAGGCGAACUCUGCCUCCAGUCCACUCCCCUCCAUCCCAUCCAAUACCCACAGCCAGCAAGAUCCUUCUGAAACAGACACGCUGAGAUGACAUAAAGCCCAGCAGACCAGUUCCCUCGAAUCUCUUCCCACGUCAGUAGCUCUUGGCACUGGGGUGGUGGAGGCUGGCCUCCUGUGCCCACUCAGUUCCUGCUUGUCUCCACAAUGACUCGUAUGCUGGGCCUCCUCACCUCCUCGAGGGAUGCCUCCUCUGCUUAGAAAAGUCUUCACUGCAGCAUUUUACCAGCACCUGGCCCAGAGCAGCCCUUCGUGAGUGAGAAUGGGUGAAUGGUAACCAAAUGAGUAUGUGAGCUGCAGCCGCUGCCAAGACCCCACCGCAGGGCUGCAGUAAUCAGCCAAGGAAGCCUUACCUGGACCUCUGAGGAGGGGAGCUGGCAGCACCAUGGAAGGCUCCCCUCAACACCCUCUGCCUUGGCUGACAGGGGCAAGGAUGUGGCCCAGGGCCCUGGGCCUGGAGAGUCGCUCCUCCGAAUCCCGAUUCACCAAAGCCGCCAAACUGAGUUAAUUGCCCGGCCUGCCUAGUCCCAAGAUGCUGCUCAAGCUGUAGUGAGAUAGAGCACCAGCCCCUCUCUUCUCUUUCUCCUCACUCCUUGCAUGCUUGGCUCACCCUGUGCCUUCCUCUGCCAGCGUCCCCUGCAAGACCCCAACACCUGCCCACUAGGACACUUCCCAGGCUCGUCUGUCCUCCAGCUCUUGUCACAGAGCAUCUGCUGGGCCAGGCACUGGGUGCUGUGAUGCAGCGCAAAUCCUCAUCAUCUCACGCUCCAGGGAACCAGAGGAAAACAGACCACCCUCCUUCCCACUGAAGCCAGGACCUCUGGGAGGAGAAGAGGCCUGGGCACUGCUAGGUUCUGAGGCUCCCAAAAUGAUUUUUUGUUUAAAGGAUGAAAUAUAUCCACAAGGAUAAAUGCUGUAAUAUAUUUAAAUGUAUAUGUCAAACAAUUUAACAAAAUUAGAGUGUAAUGAAGUUGUGCUAUCCAUAAUGAUUAUAGAAUUCCUUGAAAGCCACACUGAUUUCUAAUGCACCUGCUUCUGGUAGGGUCCUGUCACAGCCAGGUGAAGGCGACCCUGAGGUUAGAGGAAGUCGAGACUGGCCUGAGUGGUACCCAGCCACUGGUUACCAACACGGUCUGGAGUGGUGAGAGCAUCACAGAGCUAGCCUUCAGAUCAUCCUGUUUAAUGGACAGUGUUUUAAAACUCUUUGAAUACCCUGUGAAUCAAGAGAUUUCACACAGAGAUCCAAAUUUUUGGCUUCUUUUGAGAAGUUCAGACCUGCGACACUCGGCUUACCUGUCCACGUGGCACCACUUGGCUGAGACCAUCAGCAUCCAUCCCUUCAAACAGAGCCCAGCCCAUCAGGCAUUUGAGUUUGUGAAAGUUGGUUGGAAAAAAACAAGGAUUAGAAGGCUAGAGGAAGGUAACAGGGUCAAGUCCCAAGGGAGGUAUGUAGCGCAACGCGGCUCGGUAUUAGGGCUGGGGUAUGUCCCCGUGAGCAGGCAAGUCUGUGUGGCAGCAUCAACAGCUCAUCACCAGGACUCUGCCCAGACCUUUUUGAGAAAAAGAUUUCAUAAUGGGAGUGUGUACACAUACAUACCUUUUGAGCCAGUAAAAGGAAGGCGGGGGGGGGGG